CAGGGCUGGCAGAGCGAGGAGAGCAUGGCAAGGCUGGGCAGGACCGGCAGGGUAAGGAUGGCAAGUAGGGCAGGGCUGGGCCGGGCAGGACUGGCAGAGGGAGGAUGGCAUGGUAAGGCAGGGCUGGCAGAGUAAGGAUGGCUUGGCAAGUAGGGCUGGGAGGGACUGGCGGAGCGAGGAUGGCAUGGCAAGUAGGGCUGGGCGGGACUGGCGGAGGGAGGAUGGCACGGUAAGGCAGGGCGGGGCUGGCAGACUAAGGAUGGUAUGGCAAAUAGGGCUGGGCGGGACUGGCGGAGCGAGGAUGGCACGGUAAGGCAGGGCGGGGCUGGCAGAGUAAGGACGGCAUGGCAAGUAGGGCAGGGCUGGGCCGGGCAGGACUGGCAGAGCGAGGAUGGCAAGGGUACCGCGGGGCUGGAAAGGAGCCGCGGGGGGACAACCCCCCCUUGACCUCUGACCUCUGGAGAGGCCGCACCAGGCGAGGAAGAAGCCAUCCCCGCCCCACGGCUUUCCGGCAGACCCGGGGCCCGAAAUCUCCACCACCGCACUCGUCCAUCCCCGCCGUCGGCAGGCCCCAGUGAAAAUGGACGCCGUGGGCGUUAGGGUCUGAAGCCCCGGGUCUCCCACCCCCCUCCUCCCUCCCCCUCCCGGGGACCCCGGGGAGGGGGAGCCGGGGCGGCCGCGGGCCUCCGGAGGCCCCAGCCCGCUGCGCCAUGUCCACCAAAGUGCCCAUCUACCUGAAGCGCAGCAGCCGCAAGGGGAAGAAGGAGAAGCUGCGGGAUCUGCUGUCGUCGGACAUGAUCAGCCCACCUCUGGGCGACUUCCGCCACACCAUCCACAUCGGCAGCGGCGGCGAGGGCGACGUCUUCGGGGACAUCUCCUUCCUGCAGGGCCAGUUCCACCUGCUGCCCGGCGCGCCGGGCCAGGAGGAGCCCCAGGAGGGGGCGGAUGCCCCCUUCGCCCUCCCCUUCCGGUUCUCCCGGACGGCCACGGUCGGGGGCCGCCCGGCCGGGGGGCCGUCCCCGCUGCUGAAGAACGCCAUCUCCCUGCCGGCCAUGGGCGGACCCCAGGCGCUCACGCUGCCCACCGCCCAGGCCCCGCCCAAGCCCCCGCGGCUGCACCUGGAGGCGCCCCCGCCCCCCGAGCCCGCCGAGGAGGCCGCGGGCCGGAGGACCGGGCAGGCCGGGCCGGCCCGCAACGGCCUGGGCCUCGAGGGGCACCCCGAGGAGCCCUUCCUGCCUCAUGCCAGCUCCCUCCUCUCCCUGGACGUGGACCUGGGGCCCUCCAUUCUGGACGACGUCCUGCGGAUCAUGGACAGGCAGCAGGAGGUGGGCAGGACGGGGGUCCCCACGUAAAGCCCCCCGUCCUCCCCCGGCUCGACCCCGCGCCUGGGGGUGUCGACUGGGAACCGGCCAGCGGGGCGUCGGGUGGGAGGAGCCGGACGGGGGCCGGGAGUCCCGCCACGGCGAUCACAGACCGCCCUGCCCACCUCCCCAGAGAGGUUCUCUGCCCCCUCUGGACCCACGCAGGGGGCGGAUAAUAGAGCUGGAGCCCCUUCGACGGGAGAAAGGGGCGAGAGGAUCGGGCUGGGCUUGCCUCCCCUGCUAGGAGGGGUCCCCUCACCCCCGGGGUUACCCCUAGGUGCCCCCCUUCCACCCCUUUAAGCAGGAACCCAACCAUCUGGGUGGAUGGGAUGGAGAAAGGGGCUCCAGUGUGGGGAGCUAUCACGGGGUGGAUUCCGGGGAGGGGGACUGCGACAGGAAUGACUGCUGAGGGUCCGGGGCAACCUCUGGACCCUUCCCCCUGCCCCCGCAUCCCGUAUCGCCCCUUCACUCUGCGUGUGCCCAAGUUGCAAUAAACGUUCUGGCGUUUCCCA